CUGAGUCGCGAGCGUCUACUUUAAUAGGCGGGGCUGGGGCCGGCUGGGAGUCCGCGGCUUUCUACGUGUCGGGGGCGGGGCUCUCAGACGGCGCCAGCAGCAUGGCCGACCGAACCACGGCAUCCUCAACCUCCCUCAGCCCGGGGAGCCGAGCUCGGGCCGGGGACGGCGGGGGUCUGCGGGUCUCGGCUCCAGUCACCAUGGACAGCUUUUUCUUCGGUUGUGAGCUCUCCGGCCACACCCGCUCUUUCACUUUUAAGGUAGAGGAGGAGGAGGAUGUGGAGCACGUGCUGGCUUUGACCAUGCUCUGCCUCACCGAUGGGGCCAAAGAUGAGUGUAAUGUGGUAGAAGUUGUGGCUCGGAACCAUGACCACCAGGAGAUUGCAGUCCCUGUGGCCAACCUCAAGUUGUCCUGCCAGCCCAUGCUCAGCUUGGAUGACUUCCAGCUCCAACCGCCUGUAACCUUCCGCCUGAAGUCAGGUUCUGGUCCUGUGAGGAUCACUGGGCGGCACCAGAUUGUUACUACAAGCAAUGAUGUUUCUGAGGAAGAAGAGGGGAGUGAGGAGGAGGAAGCUGAGUUGUGUCCUAUCAUGCCUGCCAAGAAGCAAGGGGGCAGACCCUAGUCCUCCUUGGUCAGCUAGCUGCCUUCCACAUGUGCCAUGAACCAUGUUCCUGUACAAGUUUCAAGAAUUUUAAGUGUGUUUUCUCCAUUGAAGAGGAGGGUUGGGAUGGAGUGGGAUGAGAGUCUUGGCCUGGUGCUAGGAGAGAGGGAAUCCCAUUCUCCAUAGAGCCCUGGUAGUCUUCUAAUCCUAUACCAUGCCUGGGGCUUCCCUUUUCUCUGGGAGUAAGAGGAACUCUGUACUUCUGUCCUGUUCCUUUUUCCCCACUUACCUAUGAGGCUGGAGGUCAGCAUCUGAAGCUCAGGACUACACUUUAAAAAAAAUAGUUUGUACAUUUUUGGAUAAAGGUUGAAAUAAAGUGGUGUGGAGGUGUUCUGCAA